AAGGUGGGCCACUGAUAUUCUCUUCAAAGUUUAUACACAACACUCUGCCAUGUUAGUGCAGCUCAAACACACUCUCAUGAUGAAGACAACCCCCUCACCUUUUACGUUUGUAGUAGUGCUACUGUUAACGCUGAGCUGUGCGGCGGAGGAGGAAGCUUCCACCACCAUCAUCUUCACCACCCUCGGCAGAUCCUUCUACGCCUUCGACAUCUACUCUCUUCCACUUCACCAACAAUCUCUAAACCCUAGCCAAGAACUUCAGCUCACCGAUGGCCGCUCCGUUAAUUUCAACGGCCAUUUCAUUUCCAAUGCUUCCGCUAUCCAACUCCCUGCACACUCUUCUCCUCUCCAACUCGUAUACAUAACGGAGAGAAACGGCUCCCCGUCUAUAUUCUACGACGCCCUUUAUACUUCCACCACCACUACCAGAUCCUCUCAUGAAUCUGUUGCCGCAGAAAGAAUUCAAAUCCCUCUGUUACCGAACAAGCCCACCGAUACAUAUCCAGUCUCCAUCAAAGACAAACCCAGUGUCACCCCCGAUGGGGAAUUUUUAAUAUACGUUUCCACACACGAGGACCCUGGUGUACCACGAGCCAGUUGGGCCGCGGUUUACUCCACCCACCUCCAAUCGGGCCUCACCAAGAGACUCACACCCUACGCUGUCGCUGAUUUCAGCCCAUCCCUCUCCCCUUCCGGUCUCUGGACCGCUGUCGCUUCCUACGGCCCAGAUGGUUGGGCCGGCGAAGUGGAGGAUCUUACCACAGACAUCUACAUCUUCCUCACUCGCGACGGAACUCACCGAGUCAAAAUCGUCGAGCAUGGAGGCUGGCCCUCCUGGGUCGACGAUCGGACUCUAUACUUCCACCGACGAGGUGACGACCAGUGGUGGAGCAUUUACAAAGCGAUUAUCCCCUCCAACGGUCCCGUUUCCGUUGACUCUGUUACCAUCGAGCGAGUCACUCCACCAGGUCUCCACGCCUUCACACCCGCCACCUCCCCAGACAACCACAAUUUCAUCGCCGUCGCAACGAGAAGACCGGGCUCAAGCUUUCGUCACAUCGAAUUAUUCAACCUGGUGAAUAACGAAUUCACGGAGCUGACUCGGUUGGUCUCACCUCGUUCUCACCACCUCAACCCCUUCAUCUCACCCGAUGCAUCCCGUGUAGGCUACCACAAGUGCAGAGGAGAACCCAACGCUGACAGCAGCCCCCAGUUUUUACUCGAAAACGUUCGGAGCCCCGUCCCCGGUCUAUCUCUAUUCCGGUUCGUCGGUUCUUUCCCGGUUUUCUCACCCUCCGGAGACCGCAUCGCGUAUGUUAACCUUCCAGGGAUUUACGUGGUGAACCGGGAUGGCUCGAACCUGCGUAAGGUUUCCAAUGCGUUGGCGUUUUCCACGGCUUGGGACCGGGUUCGACCCGGUGUGAUAUACACUGCGAUUGGGGAAACCUUUGCCUCUGAGAGCUCGCAGGUUGAUAUCGUGUCCAUUGACGUUGAUAACGAGAACAGUGUGAAGAGGUUGACCUUGGACGGAAAGAACAACGCGUUUCCGUCACCCUCGCCUGACGGGAAACGGAUCGUGUUUCGGUCGGGUAGGUCGGGUCAUAAGAAUCUUUACAUAAUGGACGCUGUUGAUGGAGAGAGUAAGGGGCUUCAAAGAUUGACGGAGGGUCCGUGGACUGACACCAUGUGCAGCUGGUCACCGGAUGGGAAAUGGAUCGCUUUCGCGUCGGACCGGCAUGCGCCGGGAACCGGGAGUUUCGAGUUGUACCUGAUCCACCCGGAUGGAAGCGGGCUGCGGAAGGUGAUUGAGAGCGGGUCGGGCGGGAGGACGAACCACCCGUAUUUUAGCCCCGAUGGGAAGAGCAUAACGUUUACUUCGGACUAUGCGGGUAUAUCCGCGGAGCCAAUCUCGAACCCGCAUCACUACCAGCCCUAUGGUGAAAUAUUCAGGGUUAGAUUGGAUGGGUCGGGUAUAGAGAGACUGACCCAUAACUCGUACGAGGAUGGAACACCUGCUUGGUCACCCAAGUAUAUACGGCCAAUGAAUGUUGAGAUGGCAAAGGGUGGACCCUACUGCUCCUUCGAAGAUUGCCAUUGGCUCAACAUUAUGCCCAAUUCCUCCUCAGCUUUCGCUGCUGCUCUCUAGUGCACUUUCUAAUAUAACACUCUGUACCACACCACUUCUAGGUUUACUUUUCAUCAAACUUGGAAGCCAUUAAAUAAAUAACUCGUUACUUCA